CCACAGAGCAAAUCAAGAUGGCGGACGGAACGGGCUUGGAAGAGAAAGUCCUGAAGUACGAAGAAUUUUUAAAUGACAAAUUAAGAAAAGAUCUAGAAACUGUGAUGAAAACACAAGAAGAGGUAAACUCCAAAAUUGCCGAAUAUUUACAGUUAAAAAGCGUCAUAGAGAACAUUAAAAACUACGAUGGAGGCACUGGGAAAGGCCUGAAGACGCAAGUAGAUCUCGGCUGUAACUUUUAUUGUCAGGCGCAAAUAACAGAUCCAUCGAAGAUAUUAGUCUCAGUUGGUUAUGGAUUCUUUGUUGAGUUUACGUUGGAUGAAGCGCUGACAUUUAUCAAGAAAAAGUGCAAUCAACUGACGACAUACAGUUCAAAGUUAGGGAAUGAUUCCGCUAAAAUCAAAGCUCACAUCAAACUUGUCCUGGAAGGACUAAGAGAGUUGCAAGACAUUGGUGCAAAGAAAGAAGAACCGAGGCCUGUUUGGUGAGGCAAAAUUAAUUAUCUUCACCUCGAGAAAGCCUCGAAAGACAAUAUUUGGAGUUGCUCUACAGGUGAUAGGGUUUUCACAUACGCAUAACCUAUCAGGGCUCAGGUGAAUUCACAUACAGACCAUGUGAUCUUCCUCUGCAGCAUAUUGUAGUGUCAGUAGUUGCCUUAGGCUUGAUUUCCGCCGCUUUCUCGAGUCCGGUCUACGUUCCUCCCCGAGAAGAGACGGCUGGACGCGUGA